CCUGAAGCAUCAGUUGGAGAUCACGGUGACGCGCGGCGCGCAACACACGCAGCAGGCAUCACGUAGACGAAGAUCCCCGCUGCACGAACAUUACACAAGAUUAUAUAAUAACAAUCUGCAAGAUGUCCAAGCCACUGACGGACCAAGAAAAGAGGAAGCAAAUUUCCGUGCGGGGUCUCGCCGGAGUUGAAAACGUCGCAGACCUCAAGACCAAUUUUAAUCGCCAUCUGCACUUCACUUUGGUUAAAGACCGCAAUGUUGCAACGAAGCGCGACUAUUACUUCGCCCUGGCUCACACCGUCCGCGACCAUUUGGUGGGAAGAUGGAUCCGGACGCAGCAGCAUUACUACGAGAAAGACCCGAAACGUGUGUACUACCUCUCUCUGGAAUUCUACAUGGGACGAACCCUUCAAAACACCAUGGUAAACUUAGCUUUGGAGAAUGCCUGCGACGAGGCCAUUUAUCAGCUGGGUCUGGAUAUGGAGGAGCUGCAGGAUAUUGAGGAGGACGCUGGCCUGGGUAACGGAGGCCUUGGACGUCUGGCAGCUUGCUUUCUGGACUCCAUGGCAACUCUAGGUCUGGCGGCGUAUGGAUAUGGAAUCCGCUAUGAAUUUGGAAUCUUUAAUCAGAAAAUUGUGAAGGGUUGGCAGGUGGAGGAGGCAGAUGAUUGGCUGCGCUAUGGCAACCCUUGGGAAAAGGCCCGGCCUGAAUACAUGCGUCCGGUGCAUUUCUAUGGUCGUGUGGAGCACCACCCAGAUGGAGUGAAAUGGGUGGACACACAGGUUGUCCUUGCACUCCCAUAUGACACUCCUGUCCCAGGAUACAGAAACAACAUUGUUAACACAAUGAGGCUCUGGUCUGCCAAAGCUCCAUGUGAAUUCCAUCUCAAAGACUUUAAUGUUGGUGGUUAUAUUCAGGCCGUUCUGGACAAGAAUCUGGCUGAAAACAUUUCCCGUGUGCUUUACCCUAAUGACAAUUUCUUUGAGGGUAAAGAGCUGCGUCUGAAGCAGGAGUAUUUUGUGGUGGCAGCGACUCUACAGGAUAUCAUCCGCAGGUUUAAAGCCUCCAAGUUUGGCUCAACUGAGGUAGUGCGCAUGGAUCUGUCCACGCUGCCAGAUAAGGUUGCUAUUCAGCUGAAUGACACUCAUCCUGCAAUGGCAAUCCCUGAGCUGAUGAGGAUACUGGUGGAUGACGAGAAACUGACCUGGGAUGUGGCCUGGGACAUCACUGUGCGUACUUGCGCAUAUACAAACCACACAGUCUUACCAGAAGCUCUGGAACGCUGGCCUGUGGACCUCUUCCAAAACCUCCUGCCCCGUCACCUAGAAAUCAUCUAUGAGAUCAACCGACGUCACAUGGAGCGGAUCUCUGCACUCUACCCGGGUGAUUUUGACCGUUUGAGGCGCAUGUCUCUCAUUGAGGAGGGAGGUCAGAAGAAGAUCAACAUGGCUCAUCUCUGCAUCGUUGGUUCUCAUGCAGUCAAUGGCGUGGCACAGAUCCACUCGGACAUUAUUAAAGACACCGUAUUUAAGGACUUCUAUGAUGUGGACCCACAAAAGUUUCAGAACAAGACCAAUGGCAUCACACCUCGUCGCUGGCUCGUCAUGUGCAACCCUGGACUGGCCGAGGUUAUCGCUGAGCGAAUUGGUGAAGACUACAUCCGUGAUCUGAGCCAGUUAAAGAAGCUCUUGAAGUUUGUGGAUGAUGAUGCUCUAAUUCGAGACAUUGCCAAAGUCAAACAGGAGAAUAAGAUGAAAUUUGCCGUGCAUCUCGAGGAACAGUACAAGGUGAAGAUCAAUCCCAACUCCAUGUUUGACGUCCAUGUGAAGAGGAUCCAUGAAUACAAAAGACAGUUGUUGAACUGUCUGCACAUCAUCACUCUCUACAACCGCAUCAAGAAGGAGCCCAACAAGGCCUGGACUCCUAGGACCAUUAUGAUUGGAGGAAAGGCUGCUCCUGGUUAUCACACAGCUAAGAUGAUCAUCAAACUGAUCACGGCAAUCGGAGACGUGGUAAAUAAUGAUAUCGUGGUUGGAGAUCGUCUGAAAGUCAUCUUCCUUGAGAACUACAGGGUUACACUGGCUGAGAAAGUCAUCCCGGCUGCUGACCUAUCCGAGCAGAUUUCCACAGCAGGAACAGAAGCAUCUGGAACGGGCAACAUGAAGUUCAUGCUGAACGGAGCUCUGACCAUCGGCACCAUGGAUGGGGCUAAUGUGGAGAUGGCUGAAGAGGCUGGAGAAGAAAACCUCUUCAUCUUCGGCAUGAGAGUGAAGGAUGUGGAGGCUAUGGAUAAGAAAGGAUACGAUGCCAUGGAGUAUUAUAACCGCAUUCCAGAACUGAAGCAAGCCAUGGAUCAGAUUUCUGGAGGAUUCUUCAGCCCUGCAGAGCCUGACCAGUUUAAAGACAUCGUCAACAUGCUGCUGCAUCAUGACAGAUUCAAGGUGUUUGCUGACUAUGAAGACUACAUCAAAUGUCAGGACAAAGUCAGUGCCCUCUAUAAGAAUACUAAAGAAUGGACCAAGAUGGUAAUCCACAACAUUGCCGGCUGUGGCAAAUUCUCCAGCGACCGCACCAUCAGUCAGUACGCCCGUGAGAUCUGGGGCAUGGAGCCCAGUCUGGAGAAGAUCGCGGCCCCAGACGACUCCCGCUAAACCCCUUCCAUGGUAUCAAAAUGUAUUGUCGUAGCCGUUCUCACAUUCAGUUUAUUUACCAUUGUGAAAAAAUGUAUACAGGUGAUUUUUAACGUCAAAAGUCGUAGGAGCUCCGUCAGACAGCCAGAAUACCUCACGCAUUGUCUCUGCAUCCCUGCUCCGACCUUUGUGUGGCAUGUUCAUAUAGAUAGAAUAUAUGUUGGUGUAAGAAUGUUAGAUUUCUCGUGAAAUAUUACGAAAAAGCUAUGAUGUAUCCUUCUACCAUGCCGAAUGAACAGCACAGCCUCAUCCUGGAGAGCUGAACAAACACUGUGAGGACAAAAUAUAGUAUUUUGCCACUCGUUAUAGCAUGAUGGUGACUGUUAUGAAAGCGAUUUAAAGGGGCAGUUCACUCAAAAACACUAAUUCUGUCAUUAUUUAAUUGGUUUUCAGAGUUGUAGGAUUUUUUUUUGUUUGGAUGAAUACAAAAGAAGAUAUUAUGAAGGAUAUUACGAGGUCCCCAUUAGCUCAUCCAUCCAUUUUUAUGCGCAUUUUGGAUUGUUGCAUAAAAAGUGUUUAAUUGAAACACCAAGAUGCGCAUGAAUGUCAAUAAAUGCAAAUCAAAAUCUUAAAAGCGCAAAUGAGUAGGGUAAACUUUUAAUCCGAUUAGAAAAAAAUACACGUAAGCUAUGGUGGAAACACAUUAACUAAGAGUUUCUCGACCACGUUCCUGGAGGACGACCAGCUCUGCACAUUUUCCAUGAUUUUUAACCAAACACAGCUGAUUCAGAACAUUAGAAGAGACUGAAAGACCUGUAAUGUGUGUGACAGACAAAAGAGACAUACAAAACAUGCAGUGCUGGUGGUCUUCCAGGAACGUGGUUGAGAAACACUGGUUUAAAUCGAAUAAACUGCUGAAUGUGCAUCAAAAAAUCAUGUUUAUACACUCAAAAAUGACUUAAAAUACGUUGAAACAACACAUUUCUUUUGGGUUUUUUGGGGACAACUUGUUUUAUGUUCAUUACACUUUAAUAUGUAAAAACGAUUACAUUACGUUAACUUAUUUAAUUUGUGUUGGGACAACAUGAAGUAAUUGUGUUUAGGUCUUGUGACAGAUUUGUCGGCUACACAUCCAUGACGAAUCUCCCGUUCCACCACUUUCCAAAGGUGCUCUAUUGGAUUGAGAUCUGAUGACUGUGGAGGCCAUUUGAGUACAGUGGACUCAUUGACAUGUUCAAGAAACCAGUCUGAGAUGAUUCGCUCUUUAUGUGUGGUACCCAGUAUUUUUCUUUAAAGUGUGAGGAAGUUACGAUUUUGUUCUCCUUGACUCAUUGGAUGGAAACGGUGAUCCAUUCGUGAAUCUUUUAUGUGAUAUUCAAGUUGUUUGCGUAAAUCUAAUUCACAUAUUUGACUUUCCAUUGUCCAAUUUUUCCAAACUAUGGAAGUCAAUGGGACCGAUUAGCAUCUUGGUUAUUAACAUUCAUCAAAAUAUCUUCUUUUGUGUUCAGCAGAACAAUUAAACACAUACAAGUUUUUAAGCGUAAAUAAGAACCUGUUAAUGUUUGAGUGAACUAUUCUUUUAAGAAACCUCCAAAUUUGGGGCUUUUGUGUGUGUGUGUGUGUGUGUUGUGGCAAAAUGUUUGAUUAUUGAAAACACUCCAUUUCAGUGUAUGACAAGCAGUUAUCACAUGAACAAUGUCGGGAAUGUGGUACAUUUACAGUCAUAAUUCUUGUUUAAAAUAACCUGCCUUAACCAUAUGAGUGUUGUUUGCGUGUGUUAAGGUCCAAAUCUCUGCCUGUCGAUGCUCAAGACUUGUUCUUCCACCCGUAGAGCUUCUUCCUUCAGCACUUUAAGCAUGAUCUGUCACUUUUGUCCUGUUACUGUAGCUCUUCCCACAUGCGCAUCUACUUGUAACUCUGUUUUCACACCCCACACGACAAGACCUGCAGGAAUGAUGGGGCCCUGCAGAAAAACUUGAGUCCAGGAAGGCUGCAAAACUAAUAUAGCACUGAAGUGUGAUUCUGCGCACCUGCGUUAGAGACCAUGAAAUGUAUUUAUCUGUAUUUUAUGAUAGAAUUAUAUUUGAAGAUCUUGUAACAAUGUAUCAUGCAUUGCAUUUGCAGGAAGGGGCUACCUAGAAAACUGUACUUUAGAUCCACAACUAAACUAGGAAUAAGAUCUUGGUUUAGUGGUACUGGAGUUUUUAUUUGUGGUUCCUUGUCACCAGCCUGCCCCCUUCAACAAUGUGAUCAAGAUCUUUAUUCGCUGAAUGUUUUGCCCAUAUUGUGAGUGACAACGCACACAAAACAGACCUGCUGAUACCCUUCAAGAGUGCAUUAAGAGUGUAAAAAAUAAAACAGUAACUAAUCACA